GAACAUAGAAAUGGGAAGAUCUAGAUCAAGAAGUCGUAGUCGAAGCUAUGAACGCAGACGCAGCAGAAGUGCCAGUUAUGACAGCAGAAGCCCUUCUCCAGAGGAGGGUUAUAGAAUCCAUGUAGCUGAUUUAGGCAUGGAUCCCUCCAAGCGAGACAUUGAAAGAGCAUUUGAAAAGUUUGGGCCAUUGGUAGAAGUAUGGGUUGCAAGAAAUCCACCAUGCUUUGCAUUUGUAGUAUACAAGUACAGGGAGGAUGCUGAUAAAGCUAUUAGAGAAAUGGAUGGGAAACCUCUUGCUGGAGGAAGAGUCAGAUGUUCUUUUGCACGACCAAGAACAAGAGGAAGAAGAAGAAGAGGAUUUGAUCCAAAUUUGCGGUGUUAUACUUGUGGAGAGAAGGGCCAUUUUUCCAGGGACUGUGUUGAAAUUUGGAGACAAAGGCGAAGAAACAGAAGUCGAGAUCGCAGAAGAAGAAGAACAAGGUCUCGUUCCAGAAGUGGGUCUAGGUCAAGAAGAAGCAGGUCAAGAUCCAGAUCAAGAAGAAGGGAUAGGUCAGGUUCCAGGUCUAGGAGCAGCAGAAGAGACAGGGACAGAGAGAGAAAAUCUAGGUCAAGGUCACCAAAACGGGAAAAAAGGAAAGAGUCCUCAUCCAAAUCCCCAAGAAGAAGCAGAGAUCGCUCAAAUGAUAGAAAUGAAAAGGAGAGUCCUGAUAAGGAAAGCCCCCCAAGAGCAGACCAGGAGAAGGUUCUGGACGAGAUCAGGCCUUCACAGUCACGCUCUCGUUCUAGGAGUGCACCAAGGUCAGAGAGAUCUGCAAGGUCAGGAAGCAGAAGCCCACGACCAGACAGGGAGGAGGAUGAGGAGGAUUGAGAUGAGGGGUAUUGGACCAGACAUAUUGGUUGUUGUUAAUCUCUUUAGUGUAUUUUAUCCAUUCAAUGUUUUUGUGUAAGAAAAUCAUGAUUCUUUAUGAUUGCAUCAAUAAAUAAGAAAACCAUACAAAGAA